CAGGGGCGGACUGACAACUCAUGGGGCCCUCAGGCAAUAGGGGAUCAUGGGGCCCCUGUGUCCUUGCCCAAACUCAAAAAAGCCUAUGAAAAAGGUACCAGGGGCAUCUCAUGGGGCCCCCUACUGACCCCGGGCCCUCGGACAGUGCCUGAGUUUCUAAAUGGUCAGUCUGCCCCUGGUAAAAAAGUGAGGCAAGCAUGAUGUGUGUGUCCAACAUUAAUUUUAAACAAAAGCUCCAUACAUUGCUAUUCUGGUUUUUAAGUAGAUCUGAAGCUAAAACCUUUUAAAAAUGUUGUUUAUUUUAUUUUU